AUGGGUAAGGCAGAAAGUAGAGAUAGUUCAAAUUCAAUGGAUAUAUUAUCCGAAUUGCCUAAAGAAAUCUUGCACAAAAUACUUUAUUUCAUGUCUCAGAAAGAAGCUGUCAGAACAUCUGUAUUGUCGAAAUCAUGGCGUAAUAUCUGGUGCACUCGUCCCAAUCUCGAUUUUUCAGACGCCACAUUCAAAGGUAACAAACAAGAUUUUCUAUCCCUUGUGACCAGGUGUUUACAGCGGUACUAUGAUCAAAGGUUGUGCGUAGAUGAGUUUCACCUUCGUCUGACGUUGGUCGAUUAUCUGGAUUACGAAUCAUUGGUUUCGCUUCUCGAAAAAUGGAUCCCCUUACUCACAAAUAUGGGUCUUAAGAAGUUUUGUCUUUCCCUUAAUUCGGAACUUUAUUCGACUUAUCUUAGACUGCCCUCCGUAGUCUUUGGAGCCGAAUCGCUCCAAGAUUUGCAUUUGGAAAAUUUCGUGUUGGACCAAAAGACUAUUGAAAGGAUAGUACUUCUCAAGAAUCUACGAUCACUUCGUCUCAGACGAGAUUGGAUCGAGGACGAGAUUUUUCAGAAGAUAAUCGGUAGCUGCCCUCUGAUAGAAACUUUGGAUAUCGAAAGAUGUGCUAGGUUAAGAACAAUAACGGUGAGUGAUCUUCACCAUCUCAAGUAUUUUUCUUCUUCGGAUAUGUAUGAUUCCAUCGGCGAACUUUGUCCAAUCGAAAUCCAUCCCCCAUCUCUUGAAACCAUCAGAAUUCGUUUCGGCAAUCUUAGGCUCCACAAAGGAGCGGAUUUUCGGAAUCUAAAUGAAUUAUAUUUGCUCGGCGCGAAUCUGUCGUGGGACCACAUGUCUUCGUGUAAAUUCCCAAGUCUCAAACGCUUGCGCAUCGACACCUGUGAUGAACUCAAAGAAACCGAGCUAUUUAUCGACGCACCAAACAUACUCGAUUUCGAAUACGACGGAGACUUUGUACCAUCCAUCUCUUUCGCGACCACGUUGAAUAAGUGGUGUUCAGAUAUAAACGUAGCAUACAUGCGUCUGAACGGUGCUCCCUCUUUGUGGUUCCUCAAGCUAAACGAACAGCUCACGUCGUUAAUCCAAUCUGAAAUUUCUCUGACUAUCGAUCUGUUUCACAUGAACGAUAUCGAGGAAGUUAUUAGAGAAAACAUUAAUCUGGUACGAUACAUUAGUGGCGGCGGUGGUGGUAAUAAACACGCCGCUGUCGCGGUGGAGACACUGAGUUUGCAUUGCAAUAGCUUGAUGAACUUGUCGCUUCUUCAUUUAUCUCAUAUGUCAUCUAUUUUAAGCAGUGUGUUUUCUGUCUGUCGUCCGAGAAACAUCAAUGUCGAUUUUUGCAUCGGCAGCAAAGAGGACAGGGACCGGAUCGAGUGUCUGUGGAAGAUUCUAAGGGAGAGAGAAAGUGGCCGAGACGAAGAUGAUCGAUUCAUACAGUUGUGGUCGCAAGAUUUGGAGGAAGUGAGCUUUGAAAUUAAGAGGUGGUAUCCAGUAGAAGAAUGGCGUCUAAUACCUCUGUCGGAUUUCUCAAACUAUCGAGGAAAGGGAUACGAUCGUAUUCGCUUUGCAUUACAAUGGAGAGGAUUACCGUAA